AUGCUGACAGAAAUAGUUGACAAGUCUUCCCAUGUGGAUGCUUUUUCUCAGUCUCAGCUGACUGUUCAAGAGAGGGAUCAUCUGGGCUCUAGCAGAGUCUUCCAUCAGAGAGUCAGUCGUGGUGUCCUUUCCCUCCCACACCUGGAAGGUCAAGUGAAGCAUGGUCUGGCUGCAGAUGCUGCAAACCCUCCCCCAUUUGAGAGCGGCCUGCCUCAAAUAGCAAAUAAGAGCUUGCAGAGUGUCCUCCCCUCUUUUCAGGAAAAUGGAACUCAAGGCAAUUUUCCUCAAUUUAACCUUCCAGACAGUCUUCCUGAGAGUGAUACCAGAGCCCAUACAAAACCAUCCGAACUGGAGAGCACCAGCAUUGGGGUCAAACUGCCUAUGACAGCUUCAGAAGCCUUGAAAAAUUUUAGAAACCAGUUAACAGUCUAUGAGCAAAAAGAAAUUUUCAAUUAUACAGAGCUCUGGUUUCUUGGCCUGGAAGCUAAAAAGAUUGAAGGUUUGCCUGAAACCCAGAAUAAUAAUUGUUAUGAUGAUGAGCAUGGUUCCUACUUAAAGGUUUUACAUGACCACAUUGCCUACCGCUACGAAGUCUUGGAGGUCAUUGGGAAAGGGUCGUUUGGGCAGGUGGCCAAAUGCCUGGAUCACAAAACCAAUGAGUUAGUGGCAUUGAAAAUAAUAAGGAAUAAGAAAAGAUUUCACAGCCAGGCUUUGGUAGAAGUGAAGAUCCUUGAUGCUCUGCUGAAGAAAGACAAAGAUGAUACUCACAAUAUCAUCCACAUGAAGGAGUACUUCUACUUUCGCAAUCACUUCUGUAUCUCCUUUGAACUGCUAGGAAUAAAUUUGUAUGAGCUGAUCAAAAAGAACAAUUUCCAAGGCUUUAGCCUGUCGUUGAUUCGCCACUUCACUCGGUGUGUGCUGAGGUGCUUGCAAGUGCUCUACCAGGAAAAAAUCAUUCACUGUGAUCUGAAGCCUGAGAACAUACUAUUAUACCACAAUGGGCAAGGUUCAGUCAAAGUUAUUGAUUUUGGAUCAAGCUGCUAUGAAGACCAAAGAGUGUACACCUAUGUUCAGAGCCGCUUUUAUCGCUCCCCUGAGGUGAUUCUUGGUCAUCCUUAUGCUAUGGCUGUUGAUAUGUGGAGCUUAGGCUGUAUCAUAGCAGAGCUUUACACAGGCUACCCACUCUUCCCAGGGGAAAAUGAAGCUGACCAGCUUGCCUGCAUCAUGGAGGUAUUGGGUCUUCCACCAGCUGAUUUUAUCCAGGCUGCGUCAAGGAGGAGAACAUUCUUUGAUUCCAAAGGUUUUCCUAAAUCCGUAACUAACAGCAAGGGCAAAAAGAGAUGCCCAGACUCCAAGGAUCUAAGCACAGUGCUGAAUACCCAUGAUGCUGGUUUCUUGGACUUCUUGAAAGGAUGCUUAAUGUGGGAGCCCUCCCUGCGCAUGACUCCCGAUGAAGCGAUGAAACACGCGUGGAUCCAGGAGCCCAAAAUCUUCUGGAAACCACAGGCCCCGAGGAAGAUGAGUGAUGGCUCCUUCUCUGCACUGGAAAACAGAAGAGAGACUAUUCAGAAUCUCUGGAAAAAUGCAGCUGACAAAGUGAGAAGUGAACUGGCUGACAGACUGACUCCUUUCACAGGCACAGCAGAAAGUGAUGUGCAGAACACAAGGAAGCAUGCUAUUCCAGAGAAAUACUUGGAAAAACACAUGGAAAAGCCUAUUAAAUACGAUCAAGCAGAAGACAGUGGUGAAAGAGCUCUUCCAAAAACUUCUCUUUUUUUCCCACCAAUUAAGUAA